GAGCUUGCUGCCCUGUUAGCAAAGCAGAGUUUUGUCUAAAGCUUCGUCCGUUUAAAAAGGAAUCUCGAGUCACAAACCCUAUAUCUGCGGGAAGUUUCUUAAACCUUCAAUGCUGCAAAUCCUCCCUCAAUGCUUUCAUGGCUACUCCGUGUUGCCUGUCAAGCUUCUCCGCUUACAUUCCCAUUAAGCAUUACGUUUUUCAUCGUUUUCAAUCGCUCCGAUUACACGAACCACUUCUUGAAUUGCAAACCCGUCGAUCCCCGUCUUCUUUCCCGGACAAAUCACUUGUUUUUGCUUCUUCUGCCAAGAAACCUAGGGUAAGAAAGAAGGUGAAGAGCAAUGCAGAACUCUGCAAUGAUAUUCGGGAGUUCAUUUCCAUGGUUGGACUUCCCCAAGGUCACGUGCCAUCCGUGAAGGAGCUUUCGCAGCAUGGAAGACAAGACCUUGCAAACAUUGUCAGACGGAGAGGGUAUAAGCUAAUUAAAGAAAUUCUCAUGAACACACCAAAUGUAGAAUCCAAUAUGGCCGUCAGUUCAUAUGAAAAUCGGAAUGGUACUGAUCUAUAUGAAAUUGAAUCAACAGGUCUGUAUGAAAAAGUAAAUGAGCUGGCUGAAGGUGUGCCACUUUUGGAAGGUCAGGAUGAAGAUGAAAAUUAUGUACCAGCCCUCAAAUCUGCUAUACAAAGUUGGGGAUCUGGAGAAUCUUCAACAGGAUCAUUGUUACAGGAAAAGGCAGCAAACUUUGUCCAAAAUGGAGAGUUGGAUACAAUGGAAAGUGCAAUAGGCUUGUACAGAAAACAUGAUAUCUUGGGUUCCAUCCGAGGCUCCCAGCUUACAACCUUGUACGGAAAACAUGAUGUCUCGGUUGAAGAUAUGGAGCUGCUUACUGAGUCUCAGAUGGGACACGGCAUCUUGAGCAAGAGCACUACUGAUGAAGGAAAAACAUGUAACAUGGAAAACAAAAUGGAUGUUCAAUCAACUGCUUCAAUCGAGGAAAGUUCAACUAAAAAGGACACUGGAAGUAGUGUCACAUCAGUAUCGAAUCAAAGCACCUUGAAAUCCAAGCAGGCUACUCCUCCCACAGCAGAAACAGACCUACAUGGGAGUGACCUUUUGCCAACUGAAGGGCUGAAAGAUACAGGCUUGGAUGUUGAGGCAUGUCAAAGUGAAAAUGAAGUUGAAAUCAACGGCUUGAAAGGAUCGCUGCAUCGGAAGGAGUUGGAAUUGGCUCAAUUGAAAGAACAGAUUGAGAAGGAACAGGGUGCCUUGUCCAUUUUGCAGACUAAGGCAGAAACAGAGAUGAACAAAGCUCAAAACCUUAUUUCAGCAAAAGAUGUAGAGUUACAAGCUGCCGAGGAAAGCUUAUCGGGUCUGAAAGAGGUUCAGGUUGAGUACUGGACGAAUGGAGACAAUGUGGAGGUGGCAGGCAGCUUCAAUGGAUGGGAUCAUCGAAUUAAAAUGGAUCUACAUAUUUCAUCUAGUGCCAUAAACUCCCUCGAAUCAAGGAAAUGCAGACUAUGGUCAACAGUGUUAUGGCUAUAUCCUGGGGUUUAUGAGGGACGUGUGGCAGAUGUUUGGCGGUACAAGGACUUCCUAAGUUGGUCAUGCAGGAAACAGCUGGCUUUCUUUUUAUUAUUUUGGUUGAGAAUGGUUCUCUCCCUACAGUUUGAUGGUCAAACCUAGAGGCUUUUGCUGUGGGCAGUCUUGCCUAUCCUUCCCUUCGAUUUUCUGUAUUUAUCUGUUCCGUUAAUCUCUGUAGAAAUCAAGUCCAUCUCUCUAAUUUAUGUUGGUCAGUUGUGCAUUAGUCUUCAAUUUGCUCGCAGAUUUCAGCAUUCACUUCUAAUCAACUGAUUCAGUUUUGGCACUGCCUUUAUUCCCUUUAUGUUUUUCUGGGCAGCAUAGUACUUCCAGAGUACCAUCCGAUCAACCUUGUCACAGCCUCAUCAUAAAGCAUCUGAAGUUCUGUUUAAAAUUACUGUGUAACUGUUGUCCAGCAAUUUUGCAUUCAUAUGUUUCAGUAUCUUCCUGCUUCUAGUACUACUACUACUGGGUAGGCCUAUUACCUGCAGCUUUGUUAUCAGCCUGCAUCAGUUUUGCAGAUUGAUGUUAUAAGUCCCUUGUAUCUGCCUGCAGAGGCCAUGACUUGUCCAUUGCCGUUUCCUUUUGGAUUGGCUGUUUCUAGGAUGACCAUUCAUCAUGCUGUGGAAAACAGUUGCUUCUUGUUAAAACGUGUGUACCAUCACUGAUCCUAUGAGAUGUCAUGGUUAUCACUUCCUAAUUCCAGUGACCACCCGAAUAUGUAACAGAUACCACACUUAAGUUGACACACUCAUCUUUAUAUGUUACUCAUAUGAGCAGCACCAAGAAGCUUUUUCAGACAUCGGUAUGUGUGGUCUUGGGCCACAGCCGAACAAGCAUAAUUAGUUAAGGAGUCUAAUUCAGGUGAUGAAUACACAGAUAUUAGAUGAGGAAUCAGAAUGAGAUAUUGUAGUGCUGAUUUAGUACAGUACAUGGAACCUGGAAUCUGACACUAAAAAGCUUACCAUUUGGGAACUCUUAUGUUCACCUCAUGACUGCCCAUCAAAACCUUCACUUUCACUGGUUCCUAGCUUUGUUGAAUGUGAAUAGGAUUAAAUCCUGUAUGAGGUUCAUGGUUUUCUCAAAUUCAGGUGAAAAUUUUUGUUGUGACUGCAUGUUGUUGCCAAUGCAGAUAAGCCUUUAUUUAUGGUGAUUUUUUAUUUGGUA